CUCGACUAAGCGCCCGGGGAGAACAGCUCCCCGGCACCUGGGCCUGCUCACGUGGCCAGUAGGUGUGAGUGGCUCGUUGCCACGUGGUGCCUGCUGUUGGGAGACGUGGACGUCCUGUGACAUGUGAGCAGGGGUAGUGCCAGCCGUGGGAUUACAAGGGGUUCAGAAGAACGGUGUGAGUGGCGCAGUUAAUUGGGCGAGCGAUGGAUUCAGUGGGGGAGCUACAACAUCAAGUGGAGGAAUGGAGAGUCACACUGGAGGAGGGACGCAAGCAGUUGCAGAUGAUAGUGGGGGUGCUCAUGCUGCGAUGGCAGGAAGGGGUGGAGAUCGAUGGGGGGGCAAUUUCGAUGGAUGAGUGGUUGGAAGAUAGGAUCCAGGAGAUGUUAGACAUUAUGUGGGAGCUGGAGGAGGGGCCGGAUCCCCGGCUUAAGGGCUACAUCGACUGGAGGAGGGCGGACGACAGGAUGGGUGCUUGCAAAACUCUCUUUACAUUAGAACAUGAUCUACGCAAUCAGCUGGAGAUUCGGCAGAGAAUUGGCGAGAUCGGCGAGAUGGGCGAUAACGGUGACAAGGACGACUGGUUGGAGGGAGGUUUGGAGGCCGGCGAAGAUAAUUGCGGUGACAGCCAAAAUGAGUGGGACAACAACAACAUUAACAACAACAACAACGACAACAACAACAUCAACAACAAUGACGACGACGGCGGCAGCAACGACUACGGAAGCAGCGGGGUAGACAACGGUGUCAGUGCAGUCGUGAUCAUCAUCGAUGGGAUAAGGGAGAUGCCGAGUAACGGCGGCAACAACAACAACAACAACAACAACAACAACAACGACGACGAUGACGGCGGGGGCGACGACGGGAUUGGAGUUGACAACAACAACAACAACAACAACAAUAACAACAACAACAGAAGCGACGACGGUGGGGGAAACAGACAUGGAAGCAGUGGGGUAGAAAGCGGUAUCCGUGCAUCUCAUAUUUUCAUCCGUAUGAUGAGAAUGAUGCCGCAAGAGGAGGGGGGGGGGNCCACCAUGCGGCCUGGGCGUACAGUAAGUUGCGCCCCCUUCUCCAGGAUCUGCGCCGACUUACUCGGCCGUAGCGCAAGCCUCUGCUCCUCGAUCUCCUCGCCGCCAAAACGGUGGCGCACCACUCGUCCACUUGACGGACAUUGCCUUGUAUGACGGUAUAGGCUGUCUCUUAUACACAUCUAGAUGUGUAUAAGAGACAGGGGGUAGAAAGCGGUAUCCGUGCAUCUGAGAUUA